AUGCCGAUUUACUGAAAAUAACCAAAAGUGAGUAUACAGGAUGGCAAACCUUGCCAUUGAAAAGUUGUUAUUGAUUAUUAAUCUGAAUUUGGACAAGCAGUCACAUUUGGCACCUAAAGUAACGUUCUAAUUUUCCAAAGUAUAUUUGCUAAACACAGCAGAAUGGGGUUUAAGGAGUUAGCAAAUUACGUAGUAUUCACCAAUCCUGUAUCAAAAUCUCUAACUUCUUUUGUAGCGGGAAACACCAAGAGUCUUCCAGCCCCUCCAACUGUUACAGUUAUCACUGAAAAAACUCCCUUAUGGAAACUGGCUAAUGAAGGGGGCCCGUUUGUGCGGCUGGCCGGUAUAAUGGGAAUGACCGCAACUAUUUUAGGGGCUUAUGGAGCACAUAGGACCUAUCCAAAAGACACGGCUGAUGAAUUGAAAAUUAUGUUUGACACCGCUAAUCGGUACCAUUUUUUCCAUUCGCUAGCAUUAUUGAGUGUUCCGUUAUGCAAAAAUCCAAAAAUUGCUGGAAUCUUAUUCAUAUCGGGGACAAUUUUGUUUUCUGGAACUUUAUACCAUCGAGCGUUUACCGGCGACGAUACGUUUGGAAAGUUGACGCCUAUUGGAGGAAGCAUUUUAAUUCUAGCAUGGCUUUCGAUGGUGUUAAUGUCUACAAAUUUUAUAUGUAACUCUGCCACUAUAUAACCGAAAUUAGUGCAUGUUAUCAUAUACCUACUCAUGUUCACAACAAUAAUACAUAAUAAAAUUCGAUUCAGUUAA